UGAUACUGCGAACUUUUUUAUUUUUGUGGUGGGGUCAGUCAGCAAAAGGUUUUUCCUCAUAUUUUUUGACAUGUUAUCGGCAAACAGCGACAAGUUCAACAGUUUAUUCGUUACUUUAUUUUUCUGAAAUUCCAGACAACUUUUUGUUACUGUUAUUUCUAUAAGUGUGUGCAUUUAAACUGAUUUCAUCACAUCUACUACUACUACUACAACGAUUGAAUUCAUUGCUUUUGAAGCGAAGCUUCAAAAAUGUCUCUUUGGGCCAAAUCCCAGCAGCUUCAAGGUGAUGCUCUGCGACAGGUGCAGGCUGUUUAUGGUGAACAUUUUCCCAUAGAAGUCAGACAUUGUUUAGCACCGUGGAUUGAAAGCAAAAUUAUGAGUGAUGUUGACCCAGACAAUCCUCAACAUGAACAGUAUGCUGCGUCUGUUGUGGGUUCCCUGAUCCAAGAACUUGAGUCCAAGGCCCAGAUAUUAACCACAGAAGAGUUUUUUCUAACAAAAAUCAAGCUUCAAGGUGCUGCUGAGAUGUUUCGACAACGGUACAACCAAAAUCCCCUUGCCCUGCUGAGGAUCAUUCGACAUUGUUUGGGCACUGAACUUAAACUUGUCCAACAAGCUGAAAAUAUGAGCCUGGGGAUGAGCUGCAACCCAUCUGCAUUACUUCCUGAUGCAUCAGGGGAAAUUCUUCAGCAAUUGGAAAUUCUUAGACAGCGCACACAAGAGACAAGCGAAGAUCUCAGGCGAAUGGAGCAGGAACAGGAAGCUUUUGCGCUAGAGUACCAUGAACUGACAAAGAUCCAGGCUAAUUUGACUCACUUACAGAAUCAGGCCCCAUCGCAACAGAAAAAUGAUUUUGAGAAGCAGUUGCGCAUCAAGAAGGAUAUGAGUGAACACAAACUCAACGUCAAGGUGUUGGCCGAGUUGCUUCAAAUGCGGAUGGCACUGGCCGAUAAACACAAAGAAACCCUGAUGUUGAUUGAAAAUUUGCAAGCCCGAGUUUUGGAUGAUGAGCUAAUCCGCUGGAAGCGAGAACAGCAAUUAGCUGGCAACGGAGUACCCUUCCAUAGCAACCUCGACUCUAUUCAGGAAUGGUGUGAAGGUUUGGCGGAGAUCAUCUGGUUGAACAGGCAGCAGAUCAAGGAGGCGGAACGUCUCCGAAAUAAAUUCCCAAUUAUGCAAGCAAAUAAUACAGACCACGUUCCUGCGCUCAACACGCAGAUCACGCAGCUGCUAUCCUCGUUGGUGACUAGCACCUUCAUUAUUGAACGUCAACCCCCACAGGUGAUGAAAACAAACACUCGUUUUACGGCCAUGGUGCGAUUGUUGGUCGGUGGUAAGCUGAAUGUGCACAUGACACCUCCACAGGUAACGGUGUCUAUAAUCAGCGAACAACAGGCCAAUACCCUAUUAAAGAACGACAAAAUGGCGAAAGGAGAGGCUUCGGGAGAGAUUCUCAAUAACACUGGCACGAUGGAAUACCAGAAAGCCUCUCGACAACUGUCAGUGUCGUUCAGGAACAUGCAACUUAGGAAAAUAAAGCGCGCUGAAAAGAAAGGCACAGAGUCGGUGAUGGACGAAAAGUUCUCUCUACUUUUCCAGUCCAAGUUUUCUGUAGGUGGGGGAGAAUUGGUGUUCCAGGUCUGGACUUUGUCGCUUCCCGUCGUAGUUAUCGUGCAUGGUAACCAAGAGCCUCAUGCCUGGGCGACAGUUACCUGGGACAAUGCAUUCGCAGAGCCCGGGCGCACGCCAUUCGUCGUUCCAGAAAAAGUGCCGUGGGGUCAGGUUGCCGAGACGCUCUCUACCAAAUUUCGAUCGGCUACUGGUCGUGCUUUGACGGAAAGCAACCAGCGAUUUCUUGCCUCGAAGGCUUUCCGCAAUCCCAACCUGCAGUUGCCAUUGGUUGGUCCGGAAGCAGCCAACUUAAUGCUCACUUGGUCUCAGUUCUGCAAAGAGCCACUGCCCGAACGCAACUUUACCUUCUGGGAGUGGUUCUACGCUCUGAUGAAGCUCACUCGGGAGCACCUUCGUGCUCCCUGGAUGGAUAAUACUAUCGUUGGUUUUAUCGGUCGAAAGCAAACGGAAGACUUGUUAAAACAAUGUCUCCGAGGCACGUUCAUGCUCCGCUUCUCUGAUUCCGAGCUGGGGGGCGUUACUAUCGCAUGGGUUGGAGAUAACAGUGAAGUUUUUAUGCUACAACCGUUUACGAGUAAGGAUUUUGCCAUCCGCACACUGGCCGAUCGUGUUUCUGACUUGAAGCACCUUAUUUAUCUCUACCCUGACAUACCGAAGGAUCAGGCAUUUGGCAAAUAUUACACGCCAUUUACAGACAGCCAAACGCCCACCAACGGCUACGUUAAGCCACUACUUGUUACUCACGUACCUGGCUGGAGCAGUGGUGGAGGUAAUAUGGAAUCGGGUAGUUACCCGCCAACGCCACAAGGGUUCUAUAACCCACAGUCACCAGAAGCGAGCAUGGGCCGCGACACACCAUCCGUUCACAGCGCGACCUCCGAGACGGUCAACAGCAGCUUCUAUCCGUCGACCCAGACUGGCCAGCCGAACGAGAUUUCAGACUCGUUUCAAGACUUCAUGUCACAAGUGGAGGAGUUAGACAAUCUGGAGGAAUUUCAAAUGGACCUCAACACGAUGGGAGUAAUCCCAGCCGGCAUGACCCACUUCAAGAGCUAAAUCAAAUUGACCCCCAUCCCCCCAAACCAUCCGACCCCCCUUGUCUCCCUGAAAUGGAAAACGCAAAAAAAAAUUCUCUACCAAAGGAUAAUAGGAGCAAACACACACGAAAGUCGUCUGCCACACCAAAGUUCAAAUGAGGAAAAUAAGAAUGGAAAAAAAACCAAUUGAAAGAAGUUCGUGGAAACCGGUCGGAUUUAAAAGAGGUAGGUAAAAGUGUCACAACACUUUUUUUUUUUUUUUGAUUUAAUUUUGAACAAGGGAAAUGAAUUUUAAAUUUUUUAAAAAUGUGCUACUUUUGCACAAAACGUGCUUUAAAAAAACAGUCGUGUCAUCAUGUUCAAUUUGUUUGUUUCUAAAUCACGUCUUUUCAAAAAGCGACGAGUUAUUUGCUCUGCGCACGCCUUUUUACAAUUUUUAAAACACGCAUGGUACAAUCAUGUAAAACUGCUUAGCAACAACAAAUCAACGAAUGUCAAAAAUCAAAGACUUGUUUGUGUUUGUCGCUGGUUGAAAUUUUGCGGCCUUGUUUGUUGUUGCAGCUGUUGUCGAGUACUCGCACACUGCUCUUACGUUGACAUAUGAUCAAACUGUCCCCCACCCGUUUUUUCCUUUGUGUCUUACUUAAUAAUUUUAGAGAGAAGAUGUUUAGGAAUUAUUUGAAGAAAAAUGUGGCUUAAGUACUACCACUGUUUUGAAUUUUUUGCCUUUUAUUUGCAAUAGUAAUUUGGCUUUCAGAUCGUUAACUCGGAUACGAUCCGCGGUACGUUCAAUCAUCCCUUUGAUUACUUUUUUCGAGUGAUUCUUUUUAAAAUCAUAGAUUUCAAUUCAUAUGUUUGUGCAUUGCUCAAUUUGCUGACUUUCGUUGUUUUGAAAAUGUAACGGGGGAAAAAACAAAAAUUCAACUUUGUUAAUAAUGUUCCCUCAACCCUUUGCAACGAAUCAAAUAUAGGAUAGGGGGGUCGUAUUUAGCACGUAAAGAACCAUGUGUCUACAGUGCUUCGACUGGAGCCUUGUCCUUGUUUUUUUUUCAUCACCCACUCUUAUUAUUAUUAUGGUGAUUUUUCUUUUGCUCUUUUUCAAAAGGAAAAAUAAUCUUUUCAUCUACCUUAUUAUUCUACUUAUAAAAUUUUUUCCCCUUGACUUAGAAAAUAAACUGACAUGCGGCAAUUGA